AUGAGUACUCUUCACACUCAAACUUCUGUCACCUCUGCCAAAACCUUUAAAUUUCCGCGCGAACAUUCUUUUCCUCCCUUUUUCACCCUCCAACCUACCUCUUCGACUCUCCAUGCGCAACUGCGCAAAUGGAGCGAUUUAAUCCUUUCCUAUUUUGCGUUUCAUCGUUUGUUUCGUCUUACGGUUUCUACAUUGUUAUCUUCCGAGUUAUUCAGAAAUGAGAGGAUCAAUAGGAGAUUGGAUGAAGAAGGUUUGAGAGAGGUAUUGGAGUUUAUGAGAAAGGAGGGGAGAGUGGAGUGGAUUGGCGGAGGGGGGAAUGGGAAAGUAGGUGGAGAUAUAUGUUGGGUUUGGUGGAGGAAGGUAGAUGAAUGGGCGAGAGUUAUUGAGGAAUGGGUGGAUGAGACGGGCCAGAGAGGGAGUGUAUUGACACUUUAUGAGUUGGUUGAGGGAGAGGGAGGCAGGGGUGCUGAAUUCCACGGGUUAGAUACGGAAAUAUUACAAAAAGCAUUGGCGAUACUGGUGAAGAGGGGAAAAGCUCAAGUUUUCGGACAGGAAGAUCAACAGGGUGUAAAAUUCUUUUGAGCCAUAGGAACUUUCCAGAAUUCAUACAAGGCUAGGAUCCAAAGUCUUAUACCAUGCGUUGCGGGACGAUUGAAAUAAGUGUCGAGGAUUGAUCAAUUCUUUGAGUGGGAGCAUUCCGCAUUUGCAUUCGCAUAAGGAGGGAGGAACCAUUUUACUGAAGCUUCUUUCCCCUUUUGAAUCUUCAAUA